AAGCCACUGCGUGUGCGCGAAGAUGGUGGAGCAGGAGAGCAUCCGCGUGGUUCACUGUGGCGGAAGCGAGUUGAACUUCAGGAGAGCUGUGUUCUCGGCGGAUUCUAAGUAUAUUUUCUGUGUCUCUGGGGACUUUAUUAAAGUGUAUAGCACAGUUACAGAAGAGUGUGUACACAUACUACAUGGGCAUAGAAAUCUGGUAACUGGAAUCCAACUCAACCCCAACAACCAUCUUCAGCUAUAUUCUUGUUCCUUUGAUGGCACAAUUAAACUGUGGGACUAUCUAGAUGGCAUUUUGAUAAAGACUUUCAUUGUUGGGCAUAAGCUUCAUUCCCUCUUCUCUCUUGCCCAAGCUGAGGAUUCUGUCUUUACUAUAAUAAAUGAAGAAGAGUCAGAUGUAUUUCAGCUGGUCUCAGUGAAACUGCCCAAAUCGACAAGUCAGGAAGUAGAAGCUAAGGAGUUGUCUUUUGUUUUGGAUUACAUAAACCAGUCACCUAAGUGCAUUGCCUUUGGAAACGAGGGAGAAUAUGUUGCUGCAGUACGGGACUUUUAUUUGUCUGUUUAUUUUUUCAAAAAGAAAGCAACGUCAAGAUUUACUUUAUCAUCAUCAAAAAAUAAGAAGCAUGCUAAGAAUGAGUUUACAUGUGUAGCAUGCCACCCAAAGGAAGACUGCAUCGCAUCUGGUCAUAUGGACGGCAAAAUUCGCCUUUGGAGGAAUUUUGAUGAUGAGAAGAAAUAUAUGUACACAUGUUUACAUUGGCACCAUGAUAUGGUUAUGGAUUUGGCUUUUUCAGUGACAGGCACCAGUUUGCUGAGUGGUGGCCGUGAGUGUGUACUUGUAGAGUGGCGAGAUGCAACAGAGAAGAACAAGGAGUUUCUCCCCCGCUUAGGAGCUACUAUUGAGCAUAUCUCUGUCUCACCUGCAGGAGAUUUGUUCUGCACUUCUCAUUCUGAUAAUAAGAUAACAGUUAUUCACCGAAACCUUGAUGCAUCUGCAGUGAUUCAAGGCCUAGUGAAAGAUAGGAAUAUUUUUACCGGUUUGAUAAUUGACCCAAGAACUAAAGCUUUAGUUUUGAAUGGAAAGCCUGGUCAUCUGCAGUUUUAUUGUCUCCAGAGGGAUAAGCAGUUAUACAAUUUAGAUAUUAUACAGCAAGAAUAUAUCAACGAUGAUGAUCUGAUCCAAAUUGAACUAACAAAGGCUGCCUUUGGUUGCUUUGGCAAAUGGCUUGCAACCGUGGAGGAGAGACAAGAAAAGAAGGAAACUGAACCAGAAUUGCAGAUGAAGCUGUGGGUCUUCAAUAAGAAAACACAAGGGUUUAUUCUUAACACAAAGAUUGCCAUGCCACACGAUGACCACAUUACAGCUCUCUGUUUCUCUAAUGCAGAAAAAUCUGAAAAGCCUAUAACCUUGGUUACAGCUAGCAAAGAUGGUCACUUCAAAGUAUGGGUAUUAACAGAUGAUUCUGAUAUAUACAAGAAAGCUGUCGGCUGGACCUGUGACUUUGUGGGUAGCUAUCACAAGUAUCAAGCAACUAACUGUUGUUUCUCUGAAGAUAGCUCUUUACUAGCAGUUAGCUUCGAGGAAAUAGUUACAAUAUGGGAUUCAGAAACAUGGGAACUUAAGUGUACAUUUUGCCAACGAGCUGGGAAAAUAAGGUACCUUUGCUUUGGGAGAUUGACUUGUUCAAAGUAUCUUCUUGGAGCUACUGAAGGUGGCAUUCUUUGCUGUUGGAAUCUGCUCACUUGCACAUUGGAAUGGAGUGCAAAAUUAAAUGUUAGAGUGAUGGAACCUGAUCCUAAUUCAGAGAAUAUUGCUGCAAUUUCUCGGUCUUCAGUGGGUUCAGAUUUGUUUGUAUUUAAACCUAGUGAACCAAGGCCAUUGUAUAUCCAAAAGAGUAUCUCCAGAGAGGAAGUUCAGUGGGGAGUGUUUGUUCCACGAGACGUCCCUGAAUCAUUUACCUCAGAAGCUUACCAGUGGCUGAAUAGAUCCCAGUUUUACUUCCUAACAAAAUCACAGAGUUUAUUGACAUUCAGCACACAAUCUCCAGAAGAGAAGCUCACACCAACAAGCAAACAGUUGUUAGCAGAAGAAAGUCUUCCAACGACCCCAUUUUAUUUUAUAUUGGGAAAACACAGGCAACGGCAGGAUGAAAAAUUAAAGGAAACUUCAGAGAAUGAGUUGGUACAGUUACCCUUAGCUGAGAAUAUACCUGCAAUUAAUGAGCUUCUUCACACUCCAGCCCAUGUACUACCGUCUGCCUCUUUCCUAUGUUCCCUGUUUGUGAAUUCAUUAUUGCUAUCUACAGAGACUAAGAGUGGUGAAGAAGUUCCUGAUGAUGUAGAUAUGGAAGAAGAAAAAGGAAGUGAUGAUUCCGAUGAAGAAACUCAUUUUACUGAGCAAGUUCAAGAUACAAACAUCACAGAUUUAGAAGACGUUGUACAUCAGUUGUCCAAAUCUGAAGAGAAAGAGCUGAGGAAGUUCAGGAAAGUUGACUAUAGCUGGAUUGCUGCUCUUUAGGCCUUGGACAAGAGGUGGACAGAGGAGUUUUACACUUUGUGUUUUUUAUUGUAUGGCAAUACUCAAAAAACAUUUUAAUAUUUCUAUUC